GAAACGUAAAAAACCUUGAUUGGAAGGUGUAUAGUUUAAAAAUAAAUAAAUAUUGGAUUUCAGAAUGAACGUCAAUAAUACGCGUAUAUUCCUAGCCGUGCCGCUAUUCAAAUGAGGUGAAAUAUGUCAUGAAGGUUGAGAGUUGAAUAUCUGGGCUGGACAUGUCCAAGUGGUGUUAUCGUGGUCAGUGGUCAAGCUAGCACGACUAUAAAAAGACCAACUGACCUUAUCAGUCCGUAAUCAUGUUUGCCUCUUUGGUCGCCGUCCUGCUUCUGAUUGGUUGUGUGCAUGGGAAUCAGAAAUGUACCGGUCAUCCCCGUAGAUUCAACGGUAAGUUGUGUGGUUCCACCACCCGGUAUCAUGACUCACACAAAGGAGCGUGUGGGUGUGGUCACGGGGACACGCCCUUCGGCUGGAACCAGAACCACUAUGUAGCCGCAGCCAAUCAGAUGUUCUUUGACUCUGGACGUCGCACGUGGUGUGGAGCUAAGUGUGGUCACUGUGUGAGACUGACCACCACAGGUGGGUACGUGAAUGGUCAAGGUGGUUAUACACGCGAAGGUCAGUCUAAGGUCUUCAUGGUCACGAACCUUUGUCCGGCUGUGGAUCCAAACAUGGCUUGGUGCGCCCAGAGUGCGGCGCCGUGGGACGGUGGUGCCAACACAUUUGGCUACGCCUACCAUUUUGACUUGGAAAACGGAGGUGGCCAGAUCGGUCACCUUGGAUGGAAUAACCCGGAAGUGACGGUGGAGGAAGUCUCGUGUGACGGUCACGAGAGUUUGACGCCGAACAGUGGUAUCUACCGAAAUUGUGAAUGCCACUAAUUGUAGAUAAAUGCAUGAAUGUUUUUUUGUAAUCCAAUAAGUAGUUAAAUUAGAGCAGUGAAGGUGUUAAUAAAUAAAUAAAUAA